AAUAUGUACAGACAUUUUAUGAAUGAUAGUCGUGAUCUUUCCAUUUUGGGGAGGUAUCUUGUGGGUUCUCUAGGCACCUUGGAACCCUAACUUGUGUGCAGAGCAGCUUUGACGAGCUCACAUGGCUUCCUCAAUGUACUUUCUCUUGGACUGAGGUGGCUUGGCUCUCUUCUACUUAUAACUCUCCUCCACACUCAACAUGCAUCUCGAGGGAGAUGAAGGAAACCCUACCCGUCGCCGGUUAGUCCUCCAGUGGACCACAUGGGAGAGCUGUUCAAUCUCUUGCACCCAGGAAAAUAAAAAGGAUACGGCAGUCGGCUCCCAUCGAUGCUCUCACAUCUCUUGCUUCAAUGGAGCUUCUUCCUCUUCACCUCUGUGAAAAGCUGCUGUAACCGUACGUGAUUGAUUGCAAUCAAACAAAUGCAAACGCUCGAUACUGUUUUGUUGCCUCUACAAGUAUGCUUGCUUCUCUCCUACCGCUUGUGAUUCUGGGUUUUGAUGCAUUAAUCCUCAUUCGAACUUUUAGUUUGCUUUUGGUUCCUCCUCAGAUUAUUGAUCUCCUUUCCAUGACGCUUUUAUCGACUGCACUGCAAUGUGAAGGCUGUUCGAAUUGGAUCUUUCUUGUGAUCGUGUCAAAAUAAUCAUCUUUAUAGUUUUAUUGCGUCAGUGUGGGUGUGUUGAGUGCGAGUGAUGCGAAGCUUAAUGUCGUGGAUCAGAUUACAGAAGAAGCUACAGAUCAAUUCUAAGAGUUCAUAGUCUCUAUGCUGCACAGUAGAGCUACUGGAACCUGAAAUUUGUAUCAGAUACCAUCUCCCAGAUCUAACUUGUGAACCCAAACUUGAUGAGGACCGGAGUGUAUGAUGGAUAGCCUUUGGAACUGUAGACUUAUGCUACAGUUUUAGUUGCAAUAGCUGCAUGUCAUGACUCGGGUCUGAUGGGCUAACUAGCCUAUCAACUUCGUUUGGUCUAAACUACUGACCAAAAUGCUUAAGCUAAAGUUGAUAGUAGUACACUCAUCAGACCUUUAUAAGUUAAUCUUAAUCCUGUCCAUUUUCGAUGUGAGACUAAUCAGGGGUGUUACACUGCACUUCAUAUCUGAUGCUGAAAUAUUUUGAUAUGUGCAAUGAACCUCCAAGAGUUAAGCCAUAGGAAUUGAUGGUCAGAUUAGAACAAGAACAGUAGGUUGAGGCAAAGAAAAAAAAUUUUGGUGGUCCAUGACAUCCCAAUUCAUGUUCAGGAAUGUUUAUUCCAACCUCAAGACAGAUAAGACUCCAUGUAACCUUACAAAAUUGUGAAAUAACUUAUCAUAUAGAAUGUUCAAAUCAUAUUAUAUGAAUAUAUAUAUGGGAUAAACAUCUUAAAGAUGGAAAAAAAUACUUAAUCAUAAGUUAAGCUUAUGUAUAAUCAUUAUAUAGUUAUGUGGAUUCACAUUGUUGCAUCCUUUAAUGUAGGGGGGCAGUAGUACUCUGUCCUUGCAUAUAGUUAAGAGUGUCCCACAUGAUAUUUGAUUUUGAGAACAUUAAAAAGAACAAAUUGGUUUAGGAAAAAAUUAUAAUUGAUCAAGGGCCAAUUGGGUCACAAUUGACCCAAAUAUUAUCAGAAUCAUGAUGUCUUCUUAACCUAAAAGUGAUAAUUCUCUAAUAAUCAAUUGAUGGAGAUUAAAGUCAAGAAAUAUAGAAAAGUCUCAUAACAUAUGCAUAACUACACUGACAAAUUACCCUAGAAAUGCUAACUAUGUCUUUGUAAGCACAUGAAACAUCUUUCUUGGUUUGCUUAUUCUAUCAAGAGCUUGGAAAAGUGGAAAGUUCACAAGCCUAGCUAGAAACCCUGAGGUGGAAAUGGGUUAAAGGCUGUAUGUAACCAAGGAAACAAGCAGUCAUGUCCAAGCCUUAUCCUUUGAAGGCCCUGUCUGGCCAUGGUUGUCUGUGUUCCAGCAGGGUUGUGAUUUCCAGGGAAGAAUGUGGGUGUUGAGAAGGAAUGAGAUGAAUUUAUCUGCAUAUUCUUCUCCCAGGUUGCUCCACACAGAGAGAGAGAGAGAGAGAGAGAGAGAGAGAGCAUGAAAGAGUAGGUGACUGCUAAUGUUAAUUGAGCACCCCAAAUUCCCUACGACUUCUCAGUGAUUAUUUCUCUUCUUCUAUGUCAAUCAAAUGUCUGCAACUUCAAGGGCUCAUCUGCAGCAAAAGCUCAAGAUGCAGAAGCUAAUGUCAGAAUCUUAUGCUCACAAUGCCUGUGUGUUGCAAACCAAAUGCCAUGGUCAUGCAACAUCUAUUAGGAGAUAUGUGGAAGAUGGGUGGCUAAAAACAUUAUUUUUUUUAUCUGUUGUAGAGAGGGAGAGAGAGAGAGAGAGGAAAAAAGAUGUCUCAGGGGCUUGAAGUCUCUGUCUAGGGACUUGGACAAUAGGAAAUGAUGCCAUUAGACCAGCAGUAUAGAUUGGACAUGGGAUUCUGCAUCACUGCUCUCCCAGUCUAUUUAACCAUCCACACUCCCUAUUGGCUGAAGACCAGAGUUGUGAGGAUAUCUGUUCUUUCUUUUCUUCCAUUAUAAUCACAGACACUCUUGGACUACAGAGAGGGAGGCCUUUGCUGUCUAGUCCUACUGAAGAAACAAUGAGAAUCCUCAGCUGGGUGCAAAACAAGUUUCAUGGCAGACAGGAGAAGAAGAAAUUUGAUGCUGGAGUGAGUUCAGCCCAUUAUGCUUCAAUGUCUGGCAAUCAGAAAGAAGAACCCAAUGACUGGCCACAAGCACUGUUGACAAUUGGGACAUUAGGCAACAAUGAUCUGAAGGAAGAAUCUCAUAGAGUUGAGUACUCCCAAGACUUGGAUUCCUCACAAGAUUUAUCGGACUUCACGAUCGAAGAGGUUAACAAACUACAGAAAGAACUAAAAAAACUUCUGACACGCAAGUCGAAACUCAAGUCCAAUGGAUCGGAGAUCGGUGAAGAAGAUCGAGCUAACCUGCCACUGAACAGAUUCCUGAAUUGCCCGUCAAGCUUGGAGGUCGAUAGGACAGCAAACACAAAGCAUGAGUGCUCGGAAAAUGAGAACAAUGGUGACCUCUCGCCGAAUACCAAGAUCAUGCUAAGCAAUUUGAGAGAUGCUUUGUUGGGCAACCGCAACGCGAUCAAGAAGAAAUCCAUCUCCUUUCUUCUCAAGAAGGUGUUUGUAUGCGGUGGUGGCUUUGCACCAGCUCCGAGCUCUAGGGAUCCCGCACCUGAAUCAAGGAUGGAGAAGAUCUUGAGGGCAAUUCUUGCCAAGAAGAUGUCCCAACCAAACUCUGCUCCAGCUUCAUCAAAGAAGAAAUACUUGGAGAACAUACCAGCUGAGAGAACAAGGGAAGGAGAAGAGGAAGAUAAGAAGAAAGCUCAGUGUAAAUGGGUCAAGACAGAUUCAGAGUUCAUUGUUCUAGAGAUCUAGAGACCAAUUGACAAAGAUGAUCUCGGUGUAAAGUUCUAUACAUGAAGGAAAACCUCAAUGUUACAUAGAAUAAGAAACACAUGCAAACAUGCAUUGGAUUGUUACAGAGUAGCAGUAUGGUCGACGAAUUCUGCUGAUAAACUUGCAAAGGCUAAGUCGAAGAAGGUUCGGUUGUGCCGUGGUGACAAUCAAAUUGAACAUUUCUUACCAUUAACUUUCGCGGUGUCUAUAGGACAAAUUUUGGAAUAAUUCAGCACAUUGUUUGAUGAAUCAUCUUUUCCUUGUGCACAUCUAAGGCAAGAUUAAAGAAAAUAAGAAACUAUUAGUUAUGCUUCGAUCA